UGGUGAAAUUGGGAGUCAUGAAUCAAACUGAUGCUCAUCGCCCACUAAACUGGACCAUUAGGAAGCUGUGCCAUGCCGCUUUUCUCCCUUCUGUCAGGCUUCUCAAGGCUCAGAAAUCCUGGAUAGAAAGAGCAUUUUAUAAACGAGAAUGUAUUCAUAUAAUACCCAGCACCAAAGACCCCCAUAGGUGUUGCUGUGGGCGUCUAAUAGGCCAGCAUGUUGGACUCACACCAAGUAUCUCCGUUAUUCAGAAUGAGAAAAAUGAAAGCCGACUCUCUCGAAAUGACAUCCAGUCUGAGAAAUGGUCCAUCAGCAAGCAUACACAGCUCAGCCCAACAGAUGCUUUUGGGACAAUUGAGUUCCAAGGAGGAGGCCACUCCAAUAAAGCCAUGUAUGUACGGGUAUCCUUUGACACAAAACCUGAUCUCCUUCUACACCUGAUGACCAAGGAAUGGCAACUUGAGCUCCCCAAACUCCUUAUCUCUGUUCAUGGAGGCCUCCAAAAUUUUGAACUCCAACCAAAACUCAAGCAAGUCUUUGGAAAAGGCCUUAUCAAGGCAGCCAUGACCACAGGAGCAUGGAUUUUCACAGGAGGAGUUAACACAGGAGUUAUUCGACAUGUUGGGGAUGCUUUAAAAGAUCAUGCAUCAAAAUCUCGAGGAAAGAUAUGUACCAUAGGUAUUACACCCUGGGGAAUUGUAGAAAAUCAGGAAGACUUGAUUGGUAAAGAUGUGGUCCGACCAUACCAAACCAUGUCUAAUCCCAUGAGUAAACUCACAGUACUUAAUAGUAUGCAUUCCCAUUUCAUUCUGGCUGAUAAUGGGACUACAGGAAAAUAUGGAGCAGAGGUCAAACUGAGGAGACAGCUGGAAAAGCAUAUUUCACUUCAGAAGAUAAACACAAGGAUCGGCCAAGGAGUUCCAGUUGUGGCCCUCGUUGUAGAAGGAGGACCAAAUGUAAUCUCCAUUGUUUUGGAAUACCUUCGAGAUACUCCUCCAGUUCCUGUUGUUGUCUGUGAUGGGAGUGGUCGGGCAUCUGACAUCCUGGCAUUUGGGCAUAAAUAUUCAGAAGAAGGCGGCCUCAUUAAUGAGUCUUUGAGGGAUCAAUUACUAGUUACCAUCCAGAAAACAUUCACCUAUACUCGAACUCAAGCUCAGCAUCUUUUCAUAAUACUCAUGGAAUGCAUGAAAAAGAAGGAAUUGAUUACUGUAUUUCGAAUGGGAUCAGAAGGUCACCAGGAUAUUGAUUUAGCAAUCCUGACAGCUUUACUCAAAGGAGCUAACGCCUCAGCCCCAGACCAACUGAGUUUAGCAUUAGCCUGGAACAGAGUAGACAUCGCUCGAAGCCAGAUCUUUAUUUAUGGGCAACAGUGGCCGGUGGGGUCCCUGGAGCAAGCAAUGCUGGAUGCCCUAGUGUUGGACAGAGUGGAUUUUGUGAAAUUGCUCAUUGAGAAUGGAGUAAGCAUGCAUCGUUUUCUCACCAUCUCCAGACUAGAGGAAUUGUACAAUACGAGACACGGACCAUCCAAUACUUUGUACCACUUGGUCAGGGAUGUCAAAAAGGGGAACCUGCCUCCAGAUUACAGGAUAAGUUUAAUCGACAUUGGUCUUGUAAUUGAAUACCUGAUGGGAGGAGCUUAUCGUUGCAACUAUACUCGAAAACGCUUCCGGACUCUCUAUCACAAUCUUUUUGGACCCAAGAGGCCUAAAGCCUUGAAACUUCUAGGAAUGGAGGAUGAUGUUCCCUUGAGAAGAGGAAGAAAGACCACCAAAAAGCGAGAAGAAGAAAUUGACAUUGAUUUAGAUGACCCUGAGAUCAACCACUUCCCUUUCCCUUUCCAUGAACUCAUGGUAUGGGCUGUCCUGAUGAAGCGGCAAAAGAUGGCCUUAUUCUUCUGGCAGCAUGGGGAAGAGGCCAUGGCCAAAGCACUGGUAGCCUGUAAACUGUGCAAGGCUAUGGCUCAUGAGGCAUCAGAAAAUGACAUGGUGGAUGACAUCUCCCAGGAGCUGAACCACAACUCUAGGGACUUUGGACAGUUGGCUGUGGAGCUGUUAGACCAGUCCUACAAGCAGGAUGAACAGCUGGCAAUGAAACUGCUGACCUACGAGCUGAAGAAUUGGAGUAAUGCCACAUGCCUGCAGCUUGCAGUGGCUGCCAAACAUAGAGACUUCAUUGCUCACACCUGCAGCCAGAUGCUGCUCACAGAUAUGUGGAUGGGCCGGCUCCGAAUGAGAAAGAAUUCAGGUCUCAAGGUAAUUCUAGGAAUUCUACUUCCUCCUUCAAUUCUCAGCUUGGAGUUCAAGAACAAAGAUGAUAUGCCUUACAUGUCUCAAGCCCAUGAGAUCCACCUCCAAGAGAAGGAGCCUGAGGAACCAGAGAAGACUGUGAAGGAAAAAGAUGAAGAGGACAUGGAAUUAACAGCAAUGCUGGGUCGAAGCAAUGGAGAAUCUUCAAGAAAGAAGGAUGAAGAAGAAGUUCAGAGCAGACACAGAUUAAUCCCCCUUGGAAGAAAAAUAUAUGAAUUCUACAAUGCACCUAUUGUGAAGUUUUGGUUCUACACUCUGGCAUACAUUGGCUACCUGAUGCUCUUCAACUACAUUGUUUUAGUGAAGAUGGAGAGCUGGCCUUCCACUCAAGAAUGGAUAGUUAUUUCCUAUAUAUUCACUUUGGGGAUAGAGAAGAUGAGAGAGAUUUUGAUGUCAGAGCCUGGGAAGCUGUUUCAAAAAGUGAAAGUAUGGCUUCAGGAAUACUGGAAUGUCACAGACCUCAUAGCCAUCCUCCUAUUUUCUGUUGGAAUGAUUCUUCGUCUACAAGAUCAGCCAUUCCGAAGUGAUGGGAGGGUCAUAUACUGUGUUAACAUCAUUUAUUGGUAUAUCCGCUUGUUAGACAUUUUCGGCGUGAACAAAUACUUGGGCCCUUACGUUAUGAUGAUUGGGAAAAUGAUGAUAGAUAUGAUGUACUUUGUCAUCAUUAUGCUGGUGGUGCUGAUGAGCUUUGGGGUGGCUAGGCAAGCCAUUCUCUUCCCCAAUGAGGAACCUUCAUGGAAGUUGGCCAAGAAUAUUUUCUACAUGCCCUACUGGAUGAUAUAUGGGGAAGUGUUUGCAGACCAGAUAGACCCUCCCUGUGGACAAAAUGAAACCCGAGAAGAUGGCAAAAUAGUCCAGCUGCCUCCCUGCAAGACAGGAGCUUGGAUUGUACCAGCCAUCAUGGCCUGUUAUCUCUUAGUGGCAAAUAUCCUGCUGGUCAACCUCCUUAUUGCUGUCUUUAACAAUACAUUUUUCGAAGUUAAAUCUAUAUCCAAUCAAGUGUGGAAGUUUCAGAGGUAUCAGUUGAUCAUGACAUUUCAUGAAAGACCUGUCCUGCCACCACCCCUAAUUAUUUUCAGCCACAUGACCAUGAUAUUCCAGCACCUCUGCUGUCGUUGGCGGAAACAUGAAAGUGAACCGGAUGAACGAGACUACGGCCUAAAACUUUUCAUAACAGAUGAUGAGCUCAAGAAAGUCCAUGACUUUGAGGAACAGUGCAUAGAGGAAUAUUUUAGAGAAAAGGAUGAUAGAUUCAAUUCUUCUAAUGAUGAAAGGAUACGAGUGACAUCAGAAAGGGUGGAGAAUAUGUCUAUGCGCCUGGAGGAAGUGAAUGAGCGAGAACACUGCAUGAAGGCUUCACUCCAAACCGUAGAUAUUAGGCUCACUCAGCUGGAGGACAUGAUAGGACGCAUGGCCACGGCACUGGAACGGCUUACUGGUCUGGAAAGGGCAGAGUCCAAUAAAAUUCGUUCCCGAACCUCCUCCGAUUGUACAGACGCUGCCUACAUUGUUCGCCAGAGCAGCUUCAAUAGCCAGGAAGGAAACACUUACAAGCUCCAAGAAAGUCUCGACCCUGCAGGUGAGGAGUCAGUGUCCCCAACCUCUCCAACCUUAAUGCCCCGUAUGCGAAGUCACUCUUUCUAUUCCAUGAAUAUAAAAGACAAAAGUGAUAUAGAAAAGUUGGAAAGUAUUUUUAAAGAAAGGUCCCUCAGUCUGCACCGAGCCACUAGCUCCCAUUCAGUAUCAAAAGAAACCAAGGCUGUUCCCACCCCCAUAAGUACUUUGACAAUCAUCCCUGAUUCCAGAAGACCAUCAUCUUGUAUUGAUAUCUAUGUCUCAGCCAUGGAUGAACUCCACGGUGACAUAGAUCCUCUGGACAAUUCCAUGAAUAUCUUGGGGCUAGAAGAGCCUGUCUUUCCAGCUCCAGCAACAUCUACUGCUCCUUCAAGUAGUGCUUAUGCAACCCUGGCACCUACAGACAGACUUCCAAGCCAGAGCAUGGAUUUUGAGGAUAUCAGUUCAAUGGAUACAAGGCCUUUUUCUUCAGACUACACCCACGUCCCAGAGUGCCCAAAUCCCUGGGAUGUUGACCCACCCUUGUAUCAUACAAUAGAGCGGUCAAAAAGUAGCCGCUACCUGACUACCACCCCUUUUCUUCUUGAGGAAGCCCCGAUUGUGAAAUCUCAUAGCUUUAUGUUCUCUCCUCCUCGAAGCUAUUAUACCAACUUUGGGGUACCUGUCAAAACAGCAGAAUACACAAGCAUUACAGAUUGCAUAGACACAAGAUGUGUGAAUGCUCCUCAGGCAAUAGCUGACAGGAUGAUCUUUCCUGGAGCUCUACGAGACAAAGUGGAGGACUUGGCCAGCAGCCAUCCAGAGAGAGAAGCAGAACUGAGUCAUCCCAGCUCAGACAAUGAAGAAAAUGAAGCCAAAGACCAGAAGACACUCACAUUACCCACCCAGGGGGGUAGUAUCUCAGACAGAACCUUGUCCAACAACAUAGCCCUCCCCAAAAUCGAGAGAGCAAAUAGCUGUUAUGCAGAAGAGCCUAGCACACUCUACCCACAUACCAGGAAAAGUUUCUCCAUCAGUGAUAAACUCGACAGACAACGCAACACAGCAAGUAACACAGCCAGUCUCCGGCACCCCUUCCAGAGGAGUAAGUCCUCCAGGCCAGAAAGUAAAGGGGACAGCCUGUACAUGAGGAGACUGUCUAGAACUGCUGCUUUCCAUAGCUUUGAAAGCAAGCACAGCUAAAUUUUAGACCUUCGUUCCUACACAGUGCAGGAAAAAUAAGACAUUAUCCCCAAAUCCAUCUAUCUCCUUACACCUUUAUCUAUUUUCAUCAGCUAAACAAAACUAACAUCACUCUGGGAGAGAUCUGAUUUAAAGCUCACUUUUGGGACACUGGUUGGGAAAACUCUUGUGUCCCAGGGUGUCAAACACCCUGACCUCAAAUCUUGCCUUGAUUCCCAUUUAUAUUUGAGGGAAGAGGGAGGAAAAGGGAGAAAAUAAGAGCCUAAUAUUAAGGUUUGGAUAAAGUCCUCCAUUUUACAUGGGAGCUGUGAGCUGUGGGUAAUGAAUAGGCAACAAAUUCAAUCACUGCUAGAAAGUAUUAUUUUGAUUUUUGACCAUGAUCAAGCUUUUUAGGACACAGGGCUAAUUUUUUAAAAUAAUAAAAUAAAAUAAUCAGUAUACAAAUGAGCUAUUCUAAACUUCAAUUCUGUUUUCUUUUUACAUUGGUUCCGUCAUUGUGGUGAUUGAUGAAGAGCAUCCUUUUUGUUCUGUAUAAGCCGACAGCAAGCAACCCUAACGUCCCACAUCCUUCACAUGUCAACAUCUUUGUAAUUGAUCAUUAUAAAGAAACAAACAAGGUAACACUCCUAGUUCACCUAUCUCUUUUAUGUUCACUUCUGGUGCCACAAUUAUUGAUCUUGUUUGAAGAAGGGGGAAAAGAAGAACAAGAAAUGCCUUUGUAUUUAGAUGUAAUCUAAAUAAAAGAAGAAUUUAUGUAUGUAAAGAAAAUUUUCCAGCAAUUUGUUGUAUAAGUGGGCAUUCUAGUACAAUUUGAGCAAACUCAAGAUAAAUGUAAUUAAGUAAUUUAAUAUUAUAUAUUUAUUUUUUUAAUCACACUUGCCAUCAAUGAGUUUAUUCACAGAAUGGUACCAUGCUGAACAGUGGGCAGAAAGAGUUGAAAUGAUACCAUAAGAGGGUUAUCUUCUCACUGUUUGAUGCAAUUAAACAUGUUUGGUUUGCUGGUGUACUUCAUCCUUCACAUGUCACCACCAUAUUUUCUUGUUUUUUGCAUAACUCCAAAAUCACACUGCCAAUUUUUCACACCAUCCAUCAUAAUUGUUUUCUAUAGCUAAAUAUUACCAUACCCAAAGUUUUGCCAUCUGAUCUCAUCUCAGUCGUAGAAUUUUCUCAAAGGCUGUUAUAAUAUUUUUUGACAAUGGAUCAAAAUACAGAUAUCUUUUGGGUAGUGGGUUCAAAACAUUAAAUUGGAGGUUGAAUAACAAUCAAAUGUCAUCAGCUACAGUUCUGCUACACUCAGUCCUGCAAACACUUAUAGCAAAGCUACAGAAAGAUGCCACAGACUCUAUAUAUAUAUACACAUAUAUGGAGAGAGAGAGAGAGAGAGAGAGAGAGAGAGAGAGAGAACAUUGAAUAUAUAGAACAAUCCUUGAAGGUUAGAAAUUUCUCUAUGGAUUGGACUUUGCUCUGACUUUGGGUGUCUAAGAAAGAUAACCAAAGAUGGAGAGUUUCAUUUAUCUUUUGAAAUCAAAUAUUCUAUUUUUUUCUUUCUUUUUUUUAUUUUUGAAAUCAAAUAUUCUAAUUAAAAACAUUUUUUAAAUAAAAACUAGCUAGUGUCAAUGAGCAUUAUAGAACCACAUGGUGGAGAUUCAAUUUUCAUUACUCAGUGUUUCAGUCACAUCACACAUACACAUACACACACAUACACACACACACACACACACACAGAAUUACAAAGAACAGUCAUGAUCUUGCCCCUAGGUGAUUAUCUCAACCAAGGUCAAAUGCCUACUAAUGCCUACUGGACAUACCUUGGCUUAGUCUCCUGCAUAGUCAGUGAACUUUUUUUUUCAGACUAAUAAAUGUUGUAGAUAAGGCAAAGAUUUAACGAGAGAGAUUUUCAUCAAUCUUUUGUUUUCAACAUUGUUCCUACUAAUUAAGUGGAGUUUGAUCCCCUUAACUAACUACAUACUUAACUAACCCUCCUUAACUUGCUUUGUAGUUCUCAGUUGAUCAACAAUGAAAAAGAAGGAAUGUUGGGAGACAUCCAAUCCUACCGAACAGGCAUUUAAUUGUUUUACGAUGAUAUACUUAUGAUAGUGAGUUGGACUGUGAUUUCAAUGCUUUGGGCAAAUCACUGAAAAGAAAGUUACUGCCACCAUUGCAGGUCUACACCUUUUCAAAAACUUAAGAGUCUCAGAAAAUCAAUAUGUUAAUUAAUUUGCCCAAGGUUUCACAGCCAGCAUGUAUCAAAGGUAGGACUUGAGCCCAAGUCUUUCUAGUUCCAAAGCCAACUCUCUAACCACUACACCAUAAUGCCUCUUAUGUAUGUAACACAGUUAGGAAAUAUUUGAUUUAGUGAUAGAUCCCUUUUAUUUUCAGUGACCAAUGUUGAAAACUCACUCUGCAUAGGCCAAACUAGAUUUAAGUCACAGGAUAAAGCUUGAACCAGAGGUGUUCUAGAAUUUUUAUUUAUUACAUCUCAUAGCUUACCUUUUUUGCUGGUUUGACUUUAUGAUCCUUGUGCCUGAAAGCUUUGAAAGUUUCAAACACUGGGUAGGUAUACUAAGAAUCCAGUGUCCCUUGAGGGAACCAAGGAAUGAUAAGAAAGUCAUUCUCUUCUGACAAAGUAUAAUAUAAGGUAUUAAGAGAGCAUUUUAGAUCAGAACUGACAUUUAAAGUAAGGGGUAAAAAAAAUCACAACAGAAACAGCAUUUCAUAACUGUGGGAGUUAUGGGAGGAUUAUUUAUGGGAGGAGGAGGGAAAUUGGAAGAAAAGAAUAAAGAAGCCUCUAAAAUUAAAUGCAUCAUCAUGACCAAAAUUCUUGCUUGUAAGUAAGUAGACUUGCUUCUUUGAUUUAGUUGUACAUUGAAGCCAAAUCCAAACUCAUCUAGUCAAGUCUUUGGAACAAAAUAGACUUAAUGUAUUUAAAUACAUCAUGCAACAUUCUUGAAUCAUUUUUUUUCAUGUGCAUGUAUCACUCCAGAUACACAAACUUUUUUAUCAUAUUUUUUCCAUCCCCAUUCUCUAUACACCAAUGUUGCAUUGAUCCCAUUGCCUUGUCUAGUCUGUGACCAGUUUGUUUAUAAUACAAUUACACUGAUUCAGGAAAUGUUUGUUGAAUAUUUCUGUGAGUGAAGAUGAAGAAAUAGCUAUCUAUAGCUACUAUCAUAGGACUUGUUAUACAAUGCUGUAUUCCAAAUACCUAUAAAGCAUGUAUAACCCAGUAGUGCUGUGGCAUGUGGUUGUAUUAAUGAAUGUUACAGAACAGUUUCAACGUUGCAUUAUCUCAUCUAUUUGCAAAUCUGUAAUAUUCAAUAAAGAAGCACAUAUUGCAAGGAAUAUUCCCAGUCCAAAAUCCAUCUUCUUCACAUAUGCAUGGAAGUUGUCUUUUUUGUUCCCAUCUAUAACUACUAUAUGAUUUCCACAUUCUCCUAUAUGGCUCCACUAUAAAUGUCUGUAUAAGCUGCUGUAUAUUCAUCCUCUAAUGAGCCACUGUGAGCUAUGUUCAGUAAGUUGUGAUUAGAUGAAAGAUGAUCUGACAUAUUAUGAAAUAGGACUGUCUGAAACAAAUGAACUUAUGAUACUCUUUUUGAAAUUGAGUUGACAGCUGCUUGCUUACAUCUGCUGGUCAAUUCAGGAAGCAAUGUACAAUAUUUUAUAAAUUUUUACACCUAAUAAGGUUUUAUUUAUAGUUUAAGUGAUGCUAUUAGGUUGGUGGUUAGACAAAUGUCCUAGAUGGUGUACUGUAGCACUGAACGCUUUUUCAAUGACAAUGUCACCUACUUGCAGCAGUUUCUGUGUCCAGUCUUAAUUUGUGUUGAUAAAAAUGCAUGCAUCACUUCAUGAGUUUCUUUGGAUUUCUCCAAGGCACUUAUCACAUUACUGUUGCCUGUCUGUGAUGCUGAAAUUAGUUAGGAAUUCAUUCAACUUUCUGGGUUUUUUAUACUGUUUUUUAAUCUAUUCAAUUUUAAAAAUUAAAUAUAUAUAUAUAUAAUCAAACUUUUUAUUAUCCUCUAUUAAAGUGAUGAACAAAUAAAAGGAAAUAAAGUAUUAACCACAAGGUACAUUGCUCUAUGACACCCAAGACAACCAAAAGCCAAUAGGGCUCAGGUUUGCAAAAGCUAAGGGAAUUUUCCUAAUGUUCAAAACACAAACAUCUUAUACCUUGGAACAAUCACAUUGAAACUGCCAAAUAAUGAGGGACAGUGAGGGAAAAUAAGCUAAGUCACAGUAGAUCAAAAUCACAGCACAUUAACCAUCCAAAAUCAAUGUCAUGUGAAUGUGCUUUUCUAACUGGUUCUUCAAUAAGCACAUACUUAACUUCUUUUAGACAGGUGAGAAUAUGUCUGAGUGAUCUCCAAGUGACUGAGUUUGCUUUUAUUCUCACAAAAAAAAGAAAAAAGAAAAAUAAAAAAAUCACCUUUCCUUUUUGGGGAACUAUCUAAAACAAGGAAAACUUAGGAGUUGAUUCAUGUAGCCUUGAAUCAAUAGUUCCAAAAAAGAAGGAAAAAAGCUUUUAGUCUAGCACCCAUAGCUGGAGGUUGCAAGUGAAAGAGACACAAGAUGACUUUCAUCUCCCUUUUAAAAGCCAAUCACACUGACCAGCUUGGAAUCAGGCAUCGCAUCUGUUGGUUCUCAUUCAAAAGUAACAAGAUAUUUUGUUGUUUUCUUUUUUAAGUCUUAAAAAAAAAAAAAAGUGGUGUUACCUAUUCUUAGGUAAUUUCCUUCCAUUAAUCAUUACUCAUGAAAUAGGAAUAUGUAGAUUCCAACAUUUCCACAGGCAAGGAGGGAUUUGGUAUGUUUUCUUUUAUCCUAGCAACUAGAUAUUUAUAAUGAUAAUGAGUAUAAUGAUAAUGAUAAUGAGUUAUAAUGAUGAUAAUGGAUAUGUUCUCCUUUCUUGAUACCGACCACCUGCUGUCCACUUUAGAUUAGUAGUAUUUUGUAUGUUUGCACAACUAUUUAUUUUUAACAAAACCAUAAGUAUAUUUACAGAAUAAUAUGAUUAAUAGAAGAGCAUAUAAGUCAAUGAUGACUAUGUACUCAGAACUAUCCUACUUUUGCAUUAUUAGGGUUAUGAAUGAAGGAGGAAAGCGGAAAGGUUGUGAAUAUAUCUUUUCUAGAAUUUCUGUUGUGUUGUAUUAUAUCUUUGUUACAUAGAUUCAAAAGAUUCAAAGGGACAGGAUUUUAGUGGUCCUCUCUACCAUCCCUUCAGUUAAUAAGGAAACAAGUCCAAAAAAUUAAUGUGACUUAGCAACUUGCCCAAGAUCACACAGGUAAUUGAGUCAGAGCAAGGAUUUGUACUAUGUACCUGAGGCCAAAUUCAAAACUCUUUCCACUAUAUUUCCUACAGCAAAAAUUUUCUACAGCAAUCUAAUUAAAAACCUUUUAGCCCUUUUAUCAGAAUCUCUUGCACAAUUUGAAAUAGAAUGCAAAGACAGAGUCUAGAAGACUUUCAAAAUCCCACUUAUCCAUUUACUAGCUUGUAACUGUGGGCAAGCCUCUUCUUGGUUUCAGGUUCUCUUGUUUUUAAAAUGGGGUAAAUAAAACCUUCACUUCCUACGUAGGCUCAGAUGAUAUAUCUACAAUGUUUUACACACAUUUGUAAAUUGAAACAUUAUAUAAAUGUCAGCUACUAUUACUGUUGCUUACAUAUAUAAGAAGCAGUAACAGUAGCUCACUGGAAAGUCCAUUCAAAUUUCUUUCUUGUCUCUAAAUUCCUUUCCUUUGCUAAUUUCUAUGAUCCUCUGAAUCACCCCCUGCCCAACCCAUUCCUUUACCCUCACUCCAGCCAGGUCUGGUGUAAAGACUACACAGGUUCUCAUCUCACUGACUCCAGUUUUCAAAGAAUCCAUGUCACUCUACACCCAAGUUUCCCUGAAUACUCAUGUGGCACAGGCAAAUGGAGCAUCUGAGUCUGACAGUUAGCUCAUUUAGAAUUGACUACAGAUUCUCAUUUAGGCAACUCCCAAGUCAGAAGGCAUUUAUUUACACUAAGUUUCCAUUCUUCGACAGAGAACUAAGAAGGGGAGAGAAGGUUUGAGGCUGUUCUUGAUGCUACUGGGCAGUUUUUAAAUAUUUUGAAGUAAAAAACAUGCAUGCAUAUAUUUGUGUAGGUGGCUAUUUUGACUGUUAACUACAUGGCUGGUAGAUUAAGAGAACAUCUGCAAAGGACAUUCAGUGACAGGGAAGGCACCAGCACUGCUCUCAACAUGUGUCUGCCUCCUAUCAUCACAGUUGAUUUACUUACCUGAGAAGUCGGUAUUGUUGCUGCCACUGUAUGGACAAGUGUAUGCAAUAUACUGUACUCACAAUAACUUCAUCAUAGAGAAUUUGGAUUCUCAUUUGUAAAUGUUCUAACUGUGGUUUAUAAGUUGGAAAGGGUGGGAUGAGGGUGAUAAAACAAAUGACAUUUUUAAACAGAUUCUUAUAAACAUGAAGAUUUUUAAGUUGGCUUUGUCAAAUAAAUAUAUCUAUGUCUUUCUUUUUUGUGUAUGAAUAGAUUUGGGUUUACAUAUCUAUCUAUAUAUAAGUAUAUAUAAGUCUUAGGAAAAUAGUUCUUUUUUAAAGUCCUAUUGUACUCACAAUGCACUUUUAGCUGUGUGUUUAAAUAUGUAAUUCCAAGGAGAAGUUGGCAGUUAUCACAAUUUUAAAAAAAAAAUUCUUUCCAAAAUUUCUGUAACAAAUGUUUUGCAAUAAAAGAAAUAAUGUAGCUCAAAACA